AUGCGCUGCAUCUUGGCGUUGUUGUCCUCGUUAGUUCUCUGUCAGUUCGCCGAUCUGGAAACUCGCGGUGGGGAUGAAGAUUCGAUGUGUCUCCAAGAAUGGCCCAAGCUAAUCAUCCGAGCUGCAGAAUCAAUCAAAGAAGGAGCCACCUUUUUGAAGACCGUAGAGAGCAGCUCCAGGGAUGAUUGCGACUCGCGAUGCUGCGGGAAUAAAGCUUGCAACGUCGCUGUUUACACCAAGUUCGGGCAGUGCUUUCUCUUCGACUGUUUGAACAACGACGCCGAAGAUUUCGUCUGCACCUUCGAGCAGCACACUUCCUUCAACACUCUGGUCAAGACUCCUGCGAUUUUGAACGCAUAUGCGCGCUGGGGACUCCAGCAUUCGGCCGAGCAAAUCGUCAAUAGUUCCACAAAGAGCGUUCAUAAGGACAUCGUCGCUGAUGUUGAUGACGAAGGUGGAUGCUCAAGACUGGCUUGGCAAUGUGACAACAAAGUUAAUUGCAUUCCCGCUUGGCACGUGUGCGAUGGAACCGAAGACUGUCCAGACAAAAGCGACGAGCUGAACUGCCCAGCUACCGACACUAUUCCUCAAGAUCAAGCGCAAGAGUUGCACGUGCUCAAAGACGUCGGCGAGUCAUUCGAAGAAUCAGCGCAAACGAAGAUCGAAGAAGAAAAGAAAAAGACUGGCAUCCAGAUUAUCCUGCCACUCUGUCUCGGCUUGCUGCUGCUUCUGCUGGCUUUGAUUGCGGUUUACAUCAGAUACCGACAAGCCCGUCAUAAAGCGGGACUUUGCUCCAAGAGCCAAUACAAGCAACUGCCAAAGGAGGACUCGGACUAUCUCAUUAAUGGAAUGUACAUGUGA